AGUAAAUAAUGUUAUAAUUUUUUUAUAGUUUAACAAAAUUAGGGCAUUCGGAAGUUCUAGUGUUUCUAGUGCCCUAGUUUCUAGUGCCCUAGUGUUUCAUGAAAUACAUUUCUCGAGAUACAUGAACUGAGGUUUGAAUUUAAAUAUGGGUAAGAGUUUAACAGAAAAAGACUUUGAUCAAGUAGAAUCCUGGAUCGGAACUGGACCCAAAAUAUUCAAUCUGCUGUACAGCAUAACACGGGAUGGCUGUGGCGCGAGUGUGUUUCAUCAGAAAUGUGACAACCAAGGACCAACACUAACAGUCUUGUACAACAAGGAGGGUUCCGUGUAUGGUGGGUACACCGGGCUUAGCUGGCAAUCACCGGGAAUUGGGUUGAAUCAAUCGGAUGAUGCGGCAUUUCUUUAUCAGUUGUAUUUUUCUGGGAAUAAGAUCUCGAAGAAAUUUCCAUUAAAGAGCGGACAGACAGCGAUUUGUUCAUAUGCCGGUUAUGGGCCAUGCUUUGGUAACAGCUUCUAUCCUGACUUAUAUACAUUUAGUGGUGUAAUACAAAAGUUUUCUUCGGGAGAAUACAACCUGAAUGGGGACAUGAAUACACAAUUCGGUAAGAACUACGAAACAGGAGGAACAACGUCCAAGGAAGUCAACAACGGACACCUCAGAGUGACAGAUUUGGAGGUUUACACAGUCAAAGAUGGCCAAAGAAAAGAGCCAGAUUUGCCAACUCCAUGGCGGAAAACUGCAGAAUGGGGAACGGAGUUGCUUGAGAGAUUGAAGGAAGAGGUGAAAGGCAUUCAACCGCCAGAAGAACUUGACGUGCCACAUUUCAACAUUCUAUUGAUGGGGCCUUUAGGCUCGGGUAAAUCGAGCUUCUGUAAUUUGGUGUCCUCUGUUUUUCGGGGAAGAAUAUCACACCGGGCAAGAGUUGGUGGAGACUCGGAAACAAGUACAACAACCAUGUUUACGCCAUACACGUUUGGGGACAAAGUCAGCCUUCAGCUCUAUGACACAAGAGGCUUAGCGGAGACGGAUACAUUGGACCUUGUCCAAUGCAAUCACAUGUUGGAAGGUAACGUGCCGGACUUUUAUGAGAUGACAUCGACGAGUCUCAUAUCAAAUGACGAUGCGGAUUUUCAGCAUAGGCCAAAGUUGAGUCACAAAACGCACUGUGUUGUAUUUGUUCUGGACGGUUUGACAGUGGGCGAUAUUUCAACGCCUAUGUUGCACAAACUGAAAACGUAUCGGAAUCUGUUGAACAGAAAAGAGAUACCACAAGCCGUCUUAAUAACAAAGAUUGACAAACUCUGCGAUAAAACCGAUGAAAAUGUUAGUAACACAUUCAUCAGCCCAACGGUGAAAGAGGUAGUCGAAAAAGUAUCAGAGCUGUUCCAAUUUCCGCGGAACAAUAUUUGGCCAAUUAAAAAUUAUGAAGAGGAAGUAGAAAGUGAUGAAAAAGUCAACAUCCUUGCUUUGCUUGCUGUCCGACAGAUCCUGUUCUUUGCAGAGGACUACUUGGAAAACAUGAAAGUGAAGCAAAGUAGGAAAAGUAAGAAAGGAAAGGCAAAGCAGGCUGAAGGUGAGGUGUUCGGGUCAGACACUGCUUAAAACGUAUAAUGAUAUGUUUUUCAGAAACUGAAUUUGUGUGGAACUUCAUUAUCAGCUACACAUGCCAUGUCCUCAGAUGCUCAAUUAUACUGAAAUCGUAUAGACACAGUCUUGACAACAAUAGCGUCAAUGUAAAUGUGUAUGAUAUCACUAAACAAUGACUUAUUAUAUUUGGGUUCGACCAUUCCUUUUAACUCAUUCAUGUUGUUUGAUAACGUGUGUCCUUGAAUAAUUGUUUGUUGAAAUUUGUCCAUAUAUAAUUGCUAACAAUCCUUGUAGAUAUCUUGGUACAUUAUGUUAUACUUGUUUCAAAUAUUACCCAUGACAAACAGUUAUAUAUUAAUGGUGAUGUGAAAGUAUUGUAUACCUAUAAUUGCAUUUGUCAUGUGUGCAUCACAAAUCUAGGUAAUGAAAUCGCUUUGAAAUUAUUUAAAAUCUAAGUUUAUACUAUUGAUGAAUUAAGUUAGAUACUUUAGUAGUUAAUGAAAUUAUCGCAAUAUUAUACAAAAUAUAAGAGCAAGCCUGAUAUGAGAUUUUUGAUAUUACGAAAUGGCGACAAGUAGCACGACCUUUACCUGAACAAAAGCUUCACUUCACCAACAUAGCAUUUAUAUGGGAAUUGUUAUUCAUAUAUUGCUGAGAAUAUACUUUUGAAAAGCGUAAAUGCGCAUAAACGGAACCUUGCUGGAAUUGAUCGAUUAUUAAAUGAUGUUUAUCUCCUACAUCAACAUUCCAAUGCGCGUACAUGUAGUCAUGUUUAAAACAUCAUUUUAAGUUUCUAUUUGGUAAGUGUUGUAAACGAAAUCAGUGUGUUUGUAUUGCACAGUCACUUUAUGUCGCUAAUUUAUUUCACACGCAUGAUAUACAGAAGUUUGGUUUACGCCUGUUUGCAUGACAUUGCUGAUAUGGAAAAUAACAACUACACAUGGAUUGUUUUACAUAAGAGUUCCAAUUGCUUAUGCCAACGUGUUAUUGUAUUAUUGAACUUUUAAAGUAGAAUUGAUUGUCAUGCACAAUAUUUUAAAAAAUGAUCAAAUACUAUAACCACUACCAAACUUAUUUGCAUCUCAUUGCUCGGUUGAGAUGUAAUGUAGAUGUAGCACCUGAUUUCUUAUAAUUAUGCACGAGGUGGGAAGGUACUGCAUUAGUGCGCAUGAUUUUCUGGUGGUGUUGGUUGUCAUCAUCCGAUAUGGUUAAAUUGUGGCAAAUACUAUCAUCUUGUGAUAUAUUAUUUAGAGACUCUGAGGUAUGUUUCUUUUUUGGCAUUGUGUUGGUGGUGGUGUUAAUGUUGAUUAUUAUCUUGAUUGGUUCCAUGUAAAAGUGCGUCAUUAACUUUAUUGACUUUUGAGAUGUUUGUGUCGUUUUUUGAAUGACUUUUAUGAUCAGCUGUGAAUACCUGUACGUGCCAAUAUUCAAUUUCUGUGUUAGUUUUGAUGCGACUGUUUACUGUGGAAUAGCCGGCUUUUAAGAACUCGACAUCAUUGUAUAACUAACUAUCGUAUGCAUCGAACUGCUUAUUUCAUAUAAAAUACAAAACAUUCACCAAUAGUCAUGGCUCCAAUAUCACAAAAGUAAUUUGUUAGUUAUCAACCUCAAUCUGAACUAAUUUUACUAUAGAAACUCACUGCGUAAUUCAAAAUAAAAAAAAUGUUUUGCUAUUCUUGAAAGCGCAUAAUGUCAUAAUUAGGUGAUAUUGAUUAAAAUAAUUAGUCAGCAUUUUAUAGAAACAUAAUUCUGGAGGAAAAAUUGUACUUGAGUUUAAUUUACUGUUUUCAGUUUUUACUAAAGUACAUUUUGUGCUCUAAAAACAAGUUUCUUUAGAAUAUUGAGCAAUGAUGUUUAUUAGCGGAAUGCAUAAGAAAAUACCCUUUAAAAAUAGUAAUUUUGAAUUAUGCGAUGCCGUUAUGUAGAAAAAAUAGUUGACCUGACGAUUAAGAAAAGACUUCAGCAUUUUCUCGAUAUUUGCAAAACUACAUUUCCGAUCCUUAUCAUGCAAGUGCAGUUUAUCGACAUAUUUUAUUAUUCAAAACUAAUUUUUAUUUUUAGCCAUUUUUAGUUCAGUUCAUCUAAUACUUAAGUUUUUGACAAAAAAAGGUUAUUUCUAAUUUAGUUCAGUCAAGUAUACAACACCCUUUCAUAUUUCUUUCGUAGGCAAUUUUCAUUUUUGUAAAACCAAGACAAAAUAAUUCGUCGGUUCGAUCUUCAUUAGCGGUGGGUUUUCCUCCAAUUACAGCCACGGAAGAAAAAGCCUCGAGAGUGAUUCAAACUAUAAACGGAAGGACAGGUUUAACUCGAGGGUUCUGCAAUCAAUUUUACUUUCUGUUUGUUGAGUUUAUAUACAAUAUAAGAUAAUGAAUGAAAAAGCGCAAUAUAUAUAUAUAUAUAUCAAUCUACGCUAAUAGUUCUGAUUCAAAUAAUAAUUAAUUACGACUUGGCACAUAUACACGACAGUAUUUUUGAGCUGUAUAUGCAUUCAAAUUUGGGAAAAACGAUUUGUAUCUAUGAUCUAUUGUGUCAAGUAAAAUCUAUUGAACAUAUUAUUAAAUCAAUAAAACGGUACGGGAUUAAAGAUUCAAGGCAAUAGGCGAAAACAUUUCUACGUUUGUUUUUUUUUCAGUAAACUAUAAACCGAAGAGUAUAACGCAUUCAGUCCUAGUAGACAGUUCGGUAUUUAUGAAUAAAAAACAAACACAUAUAAUACAGGAAUUGUUUUGCUCGAUGUUAAAUUAUUGUUGUACCUGUGUGAAAAUAAUUGUGAUGCUCCAUAGCUGUCAAGGAAAACUUUACUGACUAAAUACCAGACGGGGUUAAGUAAACUU